UCGCGAGGUUUGAUCAGCUGUUAUGUCUGUUUUUAGUCUGGCUCUUGGACGGUCAACACGUGGGGAGGGUAGAGAAAGAGGCAUAGGAAAGGAGUAACACGUUGGUGUUGAAUCGGGCUCGGAAUACGUAACAUUAUAUCACGAUAAUCUAAUUCACCGUGGCGGCGCGGAGGACGCUAAAAUACAGUGUAGCUGCCUGGGUCCCGAGGAGAUGCCACUGAGGUUCCGCUCUAUUGUCCCGUACACACUGCCUGGUGUGCUGGCGCUGAUAGGCUGGUGGUGGUACAUCUCCCGUAAGAAAGAGCGAGUCACCAAGCACGACAGUGAGGAGGGGGCAAUGGCCAUGGGCCUGCUGGUGUCCCCGUCCCCCAGUGAGGGCAGCAACGGCCUGGUAGAGAAGGGCAACUUGUCCCCCUGCUCUACGGCUGUGGCCGCUCCCAACACAGUCUGCAGCCGCAGGGAGAGAACGCCCAAAGCCAGAGAGCAGCGCUUAACAGAACUGGAGGUGGUUGCACAGAUCCACAUCCCGGCCUCUAAGACCCAAGCCGUAGAGCUACAGAGCACUUCCCUUUCAGCUACAGAGAGGCUGGACCCAGUCGAGGCAGUCCCAGCCCCCGGUUUGGUGAGCUGCCAUCAGAUACCCCGGACCAGCUCACCCACCCCUGUCUCACCCCUACUGACACAGACCCCUCAGGGAGAGCACGAGGCCAUCGGAGGGGGGGCGCCCGCAGACGUUGCCGUGGUUACAGAGCCGGCAAAACCAACGGUUACAGAGCAGGUCCAGGAUACGCCGGAGGAGCCGGUCGUUGUCGCGGCGUCAGAAGCACUUGUACAGUCCCAGAUGGUCCACACCUCAGCAGCAGACCCGGCCAACGCAGAAAGGCCUGAACCCGAGGGUGAGGUGGCGGCGGCACACGAGGCUGGGGGGUCCUUCAUCCAAAACCUUCAGGUGGAGCUCAUGGCCAAAGACGCCCUCCCAGUCCUCUGCAGCAGUACCAAAGACCCGCUGCCCUCCUCGCUUGUCAUGCCCGCCGAAGCCCAGGCCGUGAAAGUCACACACGAGUCCCCCAUUUCAUCGCAGGACUCUCAUCGGGCUGACCUGACCAGCACGCUGGCCAGCUUCUCGGCCCCAGGCCCCCAGCAGGAGAAUGGGGAGUCCAGCAGCGAGGUCCUGGCGCAUUUGGCAGCUGGUCUUAUCACGGAGGUCAUCUCCGCAGCCACCCAGGAGGUUCUGAGUAUGACCUCCUGUCCGGAGACACGGCAUAACCAGCCCACGGCCGGGCCUGGCUACAGCAGCACCCCAUUGACCAAUGGGCGGCCGUGCUCUCAGCAAGAACCAAUCACAAGGCACAUGGAGGAUGGGCCAUCCCCAAUAAGCCAUUCUGAGGCCGGCAGGGCGGACUGGAGAGAGCAGAAAGAAGUGCUGGCCAACGGUUGUCCAGUGACGUGGGAGCCGAUAGGAGCAGACAACACAGUGAGUCACUCCUGGGCAGCGGCCACUCCCUGGCAGGAGGGGAGGCUGCAGGCUGGCAGCCUGGACACACGGAAGGGGGAGGAGGAGGUGGCGAUGGUGGCGGAGGACUCGGCCUGCAGUACGUGCCACUCUGAGGACGGGGUCAGCAGCGAGGACCAGCAGGGCACGGAGAGCCGGGAGGAUCUGAUCCAGGUCUCGGGGAUAUCCGAGAGGAAGGAGAGUCCGCCCCAGGCCCUGGAGGAGGUGGUGACGGAGGCGGCCCUAUCGGGCCACUCGCUGGCCGCUGUCAGCGAGGUCAAGAGGCUUAACAGCAUGUGUCUGAGGAAUGGCUCUCACGGAACAAGCGAGACCGAGACGGAUCAGUCUGGAGGCUCUGAUGUGAACAGUAUGGACUCUGUGGACAGCGGGUGCACCAUGGGGGCCCGGGACGGCAGCCCUGCCAUUGCUAUGGGCUCUGAACUCAUUGUGUGGGAGAUUGAAGUACCUAAGCACCUGGUGGGCAGGUUGAUUGGGAAACAAGGGCGCUACGUGAGCUUCCUGAAGCAAAGCUCUGGUGCCAAGAUCUACAUCUCCACCCUGCCUUACACUCAGGAGUUCCAGAUCUGCCACAUAGAGGGUUCCCAGCAGCAGGUGGACAAAGCCUUGUCCCUGAUUGGAAAGAAGUUUAAGGACUUGGACCUGACAAACCUUUAUGCCCCCCCACCUAUGCCACUGCCCUCGCUGCCCAUGACCUCCUGGCUCCUGCUUCCCAGUGGUGUGACGGUGGAGGUGAUCGUGGUGAACAUCGUGUCGGCGGGUCACCUCUUCGUACAGCAGCACACGCACCCGACGUACCACGCCCUGCGCAGCCUGGACCAGCAGAUGUUCCUGUGCUACUCCCAGCCGGGAACACCCGCCUUGCCCUCGCCUGCUGAGGUUGGGGUGAUCUGUGCGGCGCCGGCGGUGGACGGGGCCUGGUGGAGAGCGCAGGUUAUAUCCUUCUACAAAGAGACCAACGAGGUGGAGAUCCGAUACGUGGACUAUGGCGGCUAUGACAGGGUGAAGAUUGACACGCUACGUCAAAUAAGGUCGGACUUUGUGACAUUACCGUUCCAGGGUGCAGAAGUGUUACUGGACAACAUCGCCCCUCUUCCGGGAGAAAACGCAUUUUCAACUGAAGCCACCUCUGCGCUGGAGGAGAUGACGAGAGGAGUAGCACUGCUUGCACAGGUCACUAACUAUGACAACAACACUGGUCUCCCAUUGGUCCAGAUGUGGAACAUGGUUGGGGAAGAGCUGGUAUCGGUGAACCGCACACUGGCGGAGCGGGCAUUGGGUACUUGGGUGGAGGGCUUUUGAACCUACAACCCCUGCACCUCCCGCUACACCCCUCUUAGACCCCUUGUCCUUUCAUCGCUGGAGGCUGGCCCCAACUAAACCUCCAGAAACAGUCUAAUACUUCAAUGGAAGAACACAACCACUGGAUUUGGAAAUACUUUAUCUUUGUUGGUUUUUGUUUGUUUUUUUUUGUUUUUUUUUUCUCCAUGUUUCAAAAGAAAUAAAGAUUGUUGUAUGCAGAGGGGGAAAGAGAGAAUGAAGUACUCCUUCAGAAUAUGCCAACCCCACACCCAAAAGAACUGAAAAUAAAGUACUUGUACAUUUUAAAAAGAUAUCUAUAUUGUAACUAAAUCAAAGGUCAAUCCCCCUUUUUCUUUUUUUUUCUCCAUCCUACCUGAUGUUUCCCUCCAACUUUCUGGAUUGUCAUUCUGUGGAUGUAGAACUUGACUCCGUAGAAAACACUAUCUGUCAAUGGAGAACUAACCUCACCUUAACUACCUAUAUGCACUUGCAUAGUGGCAACAUGGCGUGGUUGUUUACCAAGGAACCAUUUACGUUGUGAGACUGGGCUCAAUGUGAGGCUUUUAGAUUAUUCUACAUAAUUCAGUAGCCACAGUCUAUCUCCUAACUGGCUGGCUCUUUGUCAUGGUCUCAUGACAGCUGUGGACAUGCAGGCCUGGGUGGCUAAGAAUGGCUCCUGGCCUUGCUGUUGUGACUGACACCCUCGGCCGUGGUGACAAAUAGAACACUCACCACAGUCUAAAGUACAUAGACGAGGUGGGGGGCCUCCUCUGACCUAGGGGAAGGAGCAGAACCAGGUUCCCAGGAGUCAUGCGAGGCCUGCUCAACUGGCCUGGUCUUCAGUCCGUAGAACACUGUGUGGCCUUAUGAAGAAACUAAACGGGCUUCCUUUUCUGGCAUCUCCACCUGACCUGGAGGCACACCUGCCUGACCCAUCUGCCCCCCCCCCCCCCCCCCCCCCCCCCCGGGGGCGUCAUCACACCGUUGCGGGUUGCCUGGCAUCACAGCUGGUCCGUCCGUCCAACACUACCACUACAUGGCAGUUUCACUACUGUUGAGUCCGAGGCGUCGCCUGGAGGGUCUGAAUGCUAUACUCACUCCUGGGGUCUUCCUCCGUUCUGGGUGCAGCUGUCUAGGCAGUUCAAGAUGGGGGACAACCCCUCAGUUUUGUUCCGGGAGGAAAACGAUACAAAACCAUGGACAGGCCUCUGACAUCUGACCUGGAACUCUUAACAGUUUUCAGUUAGCUCAGUGGCUCAAAGGCCCAGUGCUUAUUUAAACCAGUCUGUCUUCUAUAUGCAUGUUAACCUGCCCAGGUCCCCGUCUAACUUAGGGUCUUCACUGUGUUGACUCCUGCGUAUAGCCCCUUUUACCCCUUACAUUCUAUUGAAGUUUGUCUGUGCAAGCAUUACACCUUAUGCUCUAUUCCAUUCUUAUUGUUGCAAGCAUUUUAAUGGAGCCAAAAUAGUCUUGCGGGCAAUUCACUCAUUACCCAGAAUGUUGAGUGUGUUAGUUGGCCCCUUUUCACUGUGGGAAUAGUUAUUUUGAAGCUAUGUCAUCUCCACUCAAUGGGCGUAUGAAAGUACAGUGCUGUAUAUUGCGGCACAGAAACGGUGAGCCUGAAGAACAGUUAAGAGCUUUUCUCAAAGCCUCUCACUAACUCUGUUGUAGUUGUAUUCAGGUUUUGCAUAGGAAUGAACUAUUGUCAGUUGUCGAAUCAAGUUUAAAAAUUGGAGACUUGUUGUCCCGGGACUCUGAAGAUGGGUCUCCUUCCACGCCGGCCCCGCUGCUUUCUCUAACACUCCUGUUUGGCUGCUCUGGUUGUUGAUCAGAGAUUUUUAUCACUUCUAGAUGUGUAGCUGUCAUCUGUCCUGACUCUCAUUGCAUUUUCAAAUAGUUUUCUUAUCAAGUUGUUGUUUUGGAAUUGAAUUUAUCAACUGCUAAUCAUGUGACACUUAAAUUGGAUCCCUCUGGUAUUAAGGCAGGUACUGUCCCUCUGAACAGUCUUGUUUUGGACAUGUGCAGGUGAAGUACACUGUUAGAGGAUUGGCUCUUAUGUAACUGUUCUAAAUGACUGUUCCUACACAUAUUUAAGACAGCCUUUGCAUCUAUACCAUGCGACAGAGGCCUAUUACAUAUUGAUCAUGUAGGUUAACUGCACUUUCUCAACCUGGAGACAUUGACAUGUUAAGUGGUGGUGGCUAGAUUUGAAUCAUGUCUCUGGAAUGUUUGGUGUGAAGAGGUUUGUAGGCUUUUAGUGCAGAUGGUGGCUGUUUCACGGUGUUUGAAUGUUUAGUCAGUCCAAUGGUAGUACUUCAUCUCUCCUUAUGCCUGUUCUUGUUUGUUGAAACUGCAGGAAAUAAGGCACCUAGCUACUAAUUCAGAAUCUAUUCAAGGAACUUACAUUUCAAGGCCAGCAGGAGGGGUUAGAGUCCAAAGCUAGCUUGGAGCAGAAGCCAUAAUAUUGUUUAUGCUUGUCGGCCCUUCAGCUUUGUGUUGUCCCUACCUUGUUUCCAGCUGUGAUGUCACAAUCAGUAAAGAUUGAUAACUAGAUUGAUCCAAAUGACACCACUCUCUACUCACUCCUAUCAUGCUUGAUUUAACCCAAAUUAUUUCUUCACUUGUGCAGGUCUGUAAAUAAGAUAUUUCACUGUACUUUUGUAUAACACUGAAAUGAGAGAAUGGAAAAAGGGAACAGGUUUUUCUUUGGGUUCUUUUUUUGGGUUCACCAUUUCCAAAGCUCUUUGUUCUGUCGGUAGGACUGGUUUGAAGUGUUUGCUUUGCUAGAUAAUUCAUUUGAUUAUUUAAAUGAGUGUAAGCAAUCCUGCCUAGAGCAUUUAACAUGUACAGGUCAGUUUUUGUGAGGCUCAUCAAAGGUUUGAUUCUUGGUUGUACAGAUCUAUUAAAAAAAAAAUAAAGUUAUUAAAAAAGCGUCCACAGUUAUGAGA